GAGUACGACGAGCUCCUCAUUACCUCCUCCUCCUCCCCCUCCCCCCCCUCCAGUAGUGAAUACUCCCUCUUCAAUACCACUGCCUCUACAGCAGACACAAGCGCCGCCUGCUCCAGUCGUAUCGAGCCCUCCUCCACCUCCGCCGCCGCCGGUUCCAGCAGUAUCAACGUCUUCUUCUUCUCAGCCUCCAAUCUAACCAGCCAGACUGAUGCCAACGCAGUCCCAACACCAACUCCUUCUCAAGCGCCCCCCGCGUUUUUCAGCGAAGCCAGCCCAUCACCCUCACCCACGAGCAGCGCGGGAGCAGGCGCUGGCGCUAUCUCGUCUUCGCCGCCCCUGAACCCGAGCACUGCCGCAGGCGAGGCAGGGACAGGGAGCGAUGCUCCCGCGACCAGUCAAGUUCCUGCUUCGAGCAGCAGAUCUGGAGGCGUGGCUACUCCUGUUGUGAUUGCUUCGAGUGUUGUUGGUGCUGUUGCGGUGAUUGGCUUGUUUGGAUUCCUGCUUUGGUUCUGGCGGAAGAGGUUGCUGAGGAAGCGUCGGAGCACGCUUCUCACCCCGUUGUCCACGGAUCCCAGCUUCAGGGAAAAGUCUUCGUAUGUCAUUGACAGAGGAUCUUUGGGACCAACACCACGCUCAGCGAAGCUCAAGGCCGCGCUUGGCUACAACUUUCAAAGGUUCCGCGGCCAGUUUGGCGGAUUGGUCUCACGCAACCGGGAUAGCAGCUCGACAAACGACCGCACUCAGUUUAUGAACAUCUCCCAGCACAGCCGAAACAGCUCAUCUCUAUCAAACCAUGGUGGACCGCGAGACGUCGUGACGACAAAGGAUCGAGUCAAGGACUGGUGGGAACGGUUGACGGCUGAUAUGAAAUUCAACUGGCGACUCCGCGGCGACGGGAAUGCCGAAAAGGACCCGUUCGCCUCAGCUCGCAACAUGAGCGAUAGGAAAGCGGCCGCGCCCGGACAGCCCGACUUCUUGACGCUCUUGGGUAUGGACGACAGGGAGGUUGAACGGGAAGCUCAGAGGAGGCGAGUGAGCCGGAACCAAGGCAGCGCCGGCUCCGCCGAUCACUUCCUCGGCGGCCUGGGACUCAACUUUGAUAACGCUUCCGCCGACCCCUUUUCUGAUAUCAACGCGUUGCCUCACAGCUCGGCGAAGCCAGCGCCGCUCGCCGUCGCCAACCCAGGCAGCGGCAACGGCAAUAACCCCUUCUCUGAUGCCAAUGCCAUAUCAGCACCCGCCGCCGCAAGAAAACCGUCGUCGACAUACGUCGCUGAUGUCCGCCGGUCAAGAGGGACAUCCGUUGGCGGCGCCACAACCAGGCCCCCUAGCGGCUCAACCUACUCUCCGCGCCUGGAUUCGAUGUACCGAGACUCGAUGCAAAGCGUCGAGAGCUUCGCGACAAGGCGUAACAAGUUCCGAUCUGAUCCGUUUGAUCUGGAAAGACCCGAACUACUGAGCAGCAGUCUCGGUAGCAGUAGCGGUGGCCGGUUGACGCAGGCCAGCAGCAACUACAGCCAAGGCGGCGGCGCACCUCGCGUACCCGGCAAUGCUCACACGCGUGCGGAUACCUUCAGCUCAAAGUACAGCAGUGGUGUGAGCAUGGACGGCUGGAGUGAUCCAGGACCGGACGUCGGACCCUCGAGCGGACCUGGUUAUCGCACCGAGGGCGCCGAGAGCCCGGUUGCGGGGUACCGGUCCGGAGAGCAAAAGAAGAAUGUCCAGAGGAGGCCCAGCGGAGGAAGCCAGAACAGCGUCGGCAAGGCAUUGUGA